UACUGCCACUUUGACGGAGAAUGGGGCUACUUGUCAUCGACCGACUGUGACGAUGAUAUGUCCUCCUUGUACCCCAACAACUUUACCUACAGCUACGAAUACGACACGGAUCUUUCCAGCCAUUAUCUCACUUUGGAGAAAGUGUCAACCCUUCUCAAGAUCGUCUCCGUUAUCGUCGUCCUAGCCGCCCUGGUCACGUGGGUUGUGGUGUGGGUCAAGCGACGUCACAUCUCGCCCUACAGGUACGCCAGUUUCGUGGUGAUCUUCGCCGCAGCGCUCCUGUUCCAGACGAUGCAAAUGUCCUUCAACAUCUACCACCACUCCAUAGGCAGCUACUACAACGACAUCGCCUCCUGCCUCUUCUUCGAGAUAUUCCCCAGCGUCCUACAGCUGCUCAUCACCUGUUGUCUGUUGGCCUACCUGCUGUUCUGUGUGGUCGUGGCUCUGCGCCACUCGGUCCCCUGCAAGAACAUUCUGAUCGGGAUCCUUUGCGCCGUGGGCUUCUCUCUCCUCUGGUCCGUCAUCUACAUCAUUGUCCUCUUCGCGACAAGCGGCAAUGAUUGUAUAUACGCGGUGUACAGAACACACCUCCACUUCGUCAUCGCUGUCCCGAAAAUCCUCGUCCUUGUCCUCCUCAUCGUCUUGGACAUCGUCAUCAUCGUCUCCUCCUUCUUCCUGGACAACGAGAGAUACAAGGAGAGUCGCGACUACCGGCUUAUCCGGUACAGCAGCCUCACCGUGCUGUUGUCUACCUUGUACAUCGCUGCCCAGGAGGUGAUGUUGCUGCUGUUCCGGACAGUGCCACACCAUCUUAAUGAGCCGCGCUCCUUGGCGUUCAUCACCGCCUACAGAGUCCUCUACGAUAGUACAUACAUCGUGCUGGCUUUGCUGCUGUGUUUCCUCGACCUGGAAGUGCUGAGUAUGUGUCCCUGCGCAUGCGUCAAACUAGACAGCGGGUACGGCGGAAGUCUCGAGUUCCAACCCUUGGCAAAACCGGAAGCGCCCGCGCCGGAAGCAGAAGACAAGAGCAGUCACGUGUCCACCUUUGAGCUGGACCUCACGCCGCGGAUUGGCCUUCAGGUCAAGAACCAGUACGGGGCCAUACCAGAGAGGCCUUGAACCCCGACCCUUUACAGCACAGCUCGGGGUAAAUCGUUGCCGUAAAGACCGUGGUGUUCGUUAAAAUUUCAUAAUGUUCUAAAACGUUUUUUUUAAGAGGUAAUUACGGCGUUAAAUACAAUAAUCUUUGCUGUUCUGACAGCGGUGUUGUUCAAAUGUUCAUACUCUCUGAAACAUGUCCCAGUCUUGAAAGGCUAACUGCGGCGAAAAUUAAUAAGUUUCGAAUCUUUUUGAGUUGAGACUAAGGUAAAAUAUGAUAUACCCUAUUAAACUUGAUUCGCGUUUAAACCUUUUUGAGGAACUAGAGGCCUAUAACAACACUUUAAAAAUAAGAAUUUGAUAAGAGUUAAGGUAGAAAAAAAAACGAAACUCCCCACCGUAAUUAUUUGAUAUAGACAUGUGGUUUCUUAGAAGAAUGUUGAGAAUUUCAUUGACGGAAAAGAAAACAAAUAAGAUAAUGCUGAAAGAAUCUCUUUGCACCUUGUAAUAAAUUGCGAAAAAAAAGAAAGAUGAAGACGUGACAAUAAAAGAAAUUUUCGGAGCACUUGAACCGGCAUAAAGGAUUUGAACAUCCUGCUCUCCCUAGAAAAACUGAAAGCAAAAGUGGAAGAGGUAGACCAAAAACAGCUGACUCGUAGAAACUUGAACAGCUAUAAAAUAGGAAAAGAUCAGGACAAUGCUCAGUUCUUGUUGUUGUCGUUGUUGCCGCUGUCGUCGUCGUUGUUUUUGUUGUUGUUAUUAUUUUAGAACACUAGAGCUCAGAAAUAAGUGACGAAGCAUGAUCGAUAUUUGUCUCUGAUCUGGCUUUUACAGAGGACGAAAAAGAUGUGAGAUUUAUUGUCGGUAAAAAUAAUGUUAUGUACUGUUGGGUCUUAUUCUUAAUUAUACGUUUGCAUGCAAAUUAGAUAUACAGUUUGAGAAUGAUCCUUAUGUGCAUGUAGUUAGUUAGAACUUUUUCAAAAGUUCAGUACCUGCCCACCCUUGCACUACUCCACUCCACCCCACCCCCCUCUGUUCCCAAGCUCAAACACGUUCUCCUGUGAAAUUCUUCGACUCGUAUUCCUUUUCUAGGCGCCAUGUUAAUGCACGUAUAAGAAAAAUGUUGACAGUGAAAGCAUAAUAAGUUAGUUAACACAAUUAUAUUUCAAAGCUACGUGUAAGAAAAAAGCAAAUCUGUUGGGACAUUGUGUCCCUCUCAUCCAUGACUGGCCCUGAAAGGCAUGGUCGAACCCUCCUUCCUAAAUGAUUUGAAUUUGGUGGAAAGGGGCGUAAAAAGCACCUAAUAGGCCUACUUACGUUUUAGUUCUCUUUGAAUUCCAAACAAACAAAACUAGAAUAUACCAUUAUUACUGUUUAGAUUUAACUAUUACAUUGUAAAUCUGGGAAUUUACUUAUUUUCUUGAAUGUCCUGUUAUAUAAAACCUGGUCCAUUUUUCCCUCUCACCCCCACACGUCUAGUCCUGCUAUCCCCCAUCCCCCCUCCCCAUUCCUCUCAUUUAUUAUGUGAUAACGCGUAUAAUUUUGCCUAAUUUGGUUGGGUUUUUUUAAAACUAAAUUAUAACUGAAAAGUUGUACAAUUCUUCAGUCCUUUAAAAUUUGGCUGGAAUAUUUGUGUCCCUCUGAUCUGGAAUAUUUGUGCAGUGCUUUACUUGUGUCUGUCGAACGUGGGGAUGUAAGCUUAUAAAGUUUCCAGUUUAAACUUGCAAAGUGAUUAAUUUCAAGUUGAAAACGUAGGCAAUCUAUUUAUUCUUACCUAAACCUAUUUUACACUCAGUAAAUUAUGAUAUUGAAGUAAACCUGUAAGAUCUAUGUAAAUAGAGAUUGGAUUUUGUUUCGUGCAAUAUUCUUGAAUUUUAAUUAAACGAAUUCUUUUCUCAUGUUCAUCGUUAUGUCAACUGCCGACUGUCAGUGCUUAACUUUGUUCUUAAUGCGUAAAUGUUGGUGAUUGUAAGAUUUUAAAAAAAUCCAAAACUUGUAAAAUAAAAUUUUCUUUGAUCUAAAUG